AUGGAGGGGCAAAUACCACCGAAGAGCAUCAAAGCGGCCCCGCUGACCCGGGAAGCGUUUGCACCAUACGGUGACGUGAUUUGCAGUUUGCCAACGCCCGCGGACACUGCCAAUCAAGGCACCGCCAAACGUUUCAAUCAUAUCGGUAGGCACGUCCGUAAAACAGCACAAAUCACAAAUCUCAGGAACAAAGCCAACCCCGCCCAGCCCAACCUCUGCGUCUUCCGUUGCGCGCCAACGCCCGUCCUACCCUUCCCGAUGAAGCUACUGGAGCGUCACAAGUUCUCAUCGCAGUUCUUUGUGCCCAUGACGCCAAAUCAAGACGGAGCUCGCGGAUACCUGGUGAUUGUGUGCCUGAACGACCCUGUGAGGGAUAAACCAGAUUACAGGACGUUGAAGGCGUUUGUGGCAUCGACGACCGAGGGUAUCAACUACAGUGCUGGAUGCUGGCAUCAUCCGAUGAUUGCGUUGGAGAGAGUGACCGAUUUUUGCGUGCUGGUGUACGAAAGGAGGGAACUUCGAGAGGCUCCUGAUGAGGACUGUGAGGAGGAGUUUUUGGCUGAGGAGUGCAUUAUUGAGGUUGACGGAUUUAGAGGUGCAUCCGAGCUGUAGUGAGGACACCACUCCUGGCUGCGUCCGAGUCUCUCCGAUUGCAGAGCAGUUGACGAACGUCUCGAGCUCCACAUGUCCGUGAGUAGAUAGUUCGAGAUAUACAGAUUACUCUGUUCGAUUAGAUGAUAAUAUCCUCGAGGCCAUACGUAUAAUGAGGUGCUAUACGUCGUCAGGGCGGAAUGGAAACCAGAUUUAUCUAAUCAAUGACGCCAACGG